GGAUCUGAAAAAUCUUACAGAUACUCCCAAACCUAUAUAUAUCCCCGCACCUCAGAAACUACUGCUACCAAAAACCUAGUAUAUAGAAAGCUAUUGAUGAGGCCAAUUAGCUCAACCUCUUCUCUGAUCCGUACCUUCUUCCUCCUCUUUCUGCUCCUAAUUGCCGCCAAUCAUGGCGGAAUUUUCCGAUUGACGGAGGCAGGGAAGCGGCGGAUCCACAUUUCCGACGACCUCGACGACGUGGUGGACGACGAAGAGGACGAAUCCUGGAAAGAAUGGGGCAAGAAAUCGAACAUACCGGAGUUCGAUCCACCCCCGACGGACUUCUCUAACAUGGAGUUAUCGGAGAUUCAGACCGAGAUGAUGAAGCGCCAAUUCGGUCCUGUCUUUGGGUUCGCCAAGCUUCGACUAGACGUUCCUCGAACUAAGGAUGUGGUAUCUGAGAUUGCCAUGAAAUGGACCAAAGUUGCAAGAACCGGAGCUAUUGAGGCAAAGUUUAUGGGUGUCGAUCUGAGCACAAUUAUGUUCACCAUGGAAAAAGGUCAAGACUCCCUUGAGUUGAAAGAAUUUAUAUUGAGCCAACCAGAUGCCUAUGAGAUCAAGAUAGGGGAUCAACUUUUUCGAAGACCAGGAGAUCCUCCUUUUGAGGAAGUAUUUGAAAAGCUCCGCAGUGAAAAGAUCAAAGCAGAUCAUACUAGGCCUACAGAGGAUGACACGCACCAGAAAGAUGAGUUAUGAUUAACUGGAAUAUUUUCUGAUAUUCAGUCCACAAAGCUUGCUGCCUAACUGAAAAUCCUUCUGUUAAGCCAUGCUGCUUUACAAUUGUGCGGUUCAUUUAGUCUUGUAGUCUCACAUGAUAGUAUGAUACCAUUUUAUUACUAUGUUCAACACAUGUUUUAUCUUCUCUGAUUUACUAACCAAUAAAAACCCUUGUUUGCUGUAAGCUUUUCUACGAGCUACCGUCUUAUUCCACUCAGUAGGUGUGUUGUACAUAAAUUGAGUGUAAUCCGAAGAAUGCGUAUUGUACCUUCCUACUUUGAGGUAUGUUAAAGAAGGACUAAAU